AUGCCGAAGAAGCUUAAAGUUGUUGUUAAGUCUCUGUACUCACAUGAGAUUAGAAAAGAUGUAAGUUUAGAGAAACUGAAGUCUCUAAAACUAGAGGACGCCUGGCCUUUCAUUAGAGAUGAAAUAGAAGUUGAAAUUGGAAGCAGUCAGCUUGUUUGCAUCCCCCACAUCACAGAGGCUGAAUUGUACAAUGUUACGUCUCUUUUUGUACCAAAUGAAAAGGAAAAGAAUGGAAAAAUGUUCACGCCACUUGGUGAACUAAAAAAUAAUAUAAAUAGGGAGAAAUCUAAUUCGGAAUACGUAGAGUUACUUGAUCAGGGAAAUCUACAAGAUCCCGAUUUUAAAUUUCCUCACGAAAGUGUCAAGAUAACACUCCAAGAUGAAGCAUUGAAAAAUAAAGUUAGAGUUAUAAUGAUCAAUUUCACAAAGUGCACAAUACCCAAAGGCAAAGACUUUGUUAAUAAUAUCUACCUGGAUGUAGAUAAUAAUAAAGAAUUGAAUGGCAUCAAAUCAGUGUACAUGAUAUCGAGUGUCUUGAUGGCUAAGACCAUAGAAUUUCGAGUCAACCGUGGCACUUCUUCGAGGAUUUUCCACCUCGGUAAUGCAUCACCACUUGUGUUUGCUCUAGAUGAAUAUCUGGUUGGACCCGAUGGGAAGCUUCUUGCAAAGGAACCAGUAACUAUCAAGUCUAAAUACUUGCACUGGCAAAAGCUGGACCCAUCCGAUCAUCUCUACAUCGCUGACAAACAGGAAGCAGCGUGUGUGCAGUAA